GGCGAGACACGUGUGCAGGAGGGGCGGGGGCGCUGCCGCCGCCGCCUUCUUAGUCAGUCUCCGCCGCCGGCCGGGGCCUUUGCUCUCCGGCUCCUCGCUCUCCCGCUCUCUCCCUCCCUCCUUCCUUCUCCCGUGCGAGGACGAUGAUGCCGCUGUCCCUGCGCGAGGAGACGGCGCUGCUGGUGGGCGACUACCUGGAGCGGCGCGUGGGGCUGGCGCCGGCGGGCCGUGCUCCGGGCCGGGCGGGGGAGACGCUGCGGCGGGUGGCGGAGGAGCUGGAGCGGCGGGAGCGGCACUUCUUCCGCUGCGCGGCGGCCAGCGCGCUCCCGGAGACGGGCGGGCAGGUGGAGGCGGCGGCGCUGGUGUGGCGGGUGGCGGCGCAGAUGGAGGAGGAGGAGGCCGGCGGAGGGGGCCUGAACUGGGGGCGCGUGGUGGCGCUGGUGGUCUUCGCCGGGAACGUGGCGGUGGCGCUGGCGGAGCGCGGGCAGGGGCCGGCCCAGGGCCAGGCCACCCGCGAGGGCCUCUCCGAGGCGCUGGCCGCCUACCUGGCCGAGGAGAAGCGCGCCUGGAUGGUCGAGCACGGCGGAUGGGACGGCUUCUACCACUUCUUCAACAAGCAUGGCUCCAACGCGACUGACCAUAACAGUACCAUAAGCAACGCCAUCAUGGCGGCGGCCGGCUUUGGCCUGGCCGGCUUGGCCUUCCUCCUGGCUGUGCGAUAAGGCGGCGUUGGUGGAGCUGGACGGACGGCAGGGCCGGACAACAGGCCGGCGAAGAGUCCAUUCUAUAUUUCUACGAACGGUCGAAGACAGAAGCCUAUUCUAUACAUACACAUAUAUAUUUUGUAACUGGUCGGAGCAGGACAUUUUACAUCCAGGGACAAAACGACAACAACAACAAUGCAAUGCCGUUUCAUACGAAAAA